CAGAUCGGCUCGCCGUCGGUUUCCUGCUGCGGUGAGAACGAAUAGCGGCGUCGAGACAGACUGGGAAGACUCAAGACCACCAACACCUCCAAAAUAAUUCUACUGUAAAAUGAAACUGUUAGCCUUCUCCCCAUCUCUGGAUAUCCGCUACGUCGCGGCUUUACUGCUGGUGAUGGGCCUCUCGACCCCUGGUGAAGCAGAAAUCACUAGCCUGGACUCGGGCAACAUUGAUGACGUCUUAAAUAAUGCUGGGGUUGCAUUAGUGAAUUUUUAUGCAGACUGGUGUAGGUUCAGUCAGAUGCUCCAUCCAAUUUUUGAGGAGGCAUCUAACACCGUGCGCGAGGAGUUCCCUGAAACCACGCAGGUGGUGUUUGCUCGCGUCGACUGUGACCAACAUUCGGACAUUGCCCAGCGGUACCGCAUCACCAAGUACCCAACAUUGAAGUUGUUCCGCAACGGGAUGAUGAUGAAGAGGGAGUACAGGGGUCAGAGGUCGGUGGUGGCCAUUGCUGACUUCAUCCGGCAGCAGCAGGUCAACCCUGUGAAAGAAUUGCACUCAAUGGAGGAGGUUAACACUGUGGAUAGGUCAAAGAGAAACAUCAUAGGUUACUUUGAAAGGAAGGACUCUGAUAGCUACCACAGCUAUGAAAAAGUUGCCAACAUCCUUCGAGAUGACUGCACGUUCUCGGCUGCCUUUGGCGCCAUCUCUGAAUCAGAGCGCUUCAGUGGAGACAAUGUGAUCUACAAACCUGCGGGCGAGAGCAUCCCUGACAUGGUCUUCCUCGGCUCACUCACCAACUUCGACCUGACCUAUGCCUGGGCCCAGGACAAGUGUGUGCCCCUAGUCAGGGAGAUCACCUUUGAAAAUGGAGAGGAGCUUACUGAGGAAGGGAUCCCUUUCCUCAUCUUGUUCCAUGUCAAAGAAGAUGCAGCGAGCUUAGAGAAAUUCCAACAUGAAGUAGCUCGCCAGCUCAUCGGCGAGAAAGGGUCUAUAAACUUCCUUCAUGCAGACUGUGAGAAGUUCCGCCAUCCUCUUCUCCAUAUCCAGAAAACUCCAGCUGACUGUCCCGUCAUCGCUAUUGACUCAUUCAGACACAUGUAUGUCUUUCCCGACUAUAAAGACCUUGAUGUCCCUGGCAAGUUGAGACAGUUUGUGUUGGACCUUCAUUCCGGAAAGCUUCACCGAGAGUUUCACCAUGGUCCUGACCCCACAGACAGCACACCUGGACAGGAGGAAACAGGGGGAGAAGUCGCCAGCAGCCCUCCAGAUAGCUCAUUCCAAAAGCUUGCACCGAGCGAGACUCGAUACACCAUCCUCAGCCGGGACCGCGAUGAGCUGUGAUCUCCACGCUCCAUCAGUGAUCCUGUGACUCAAUGCCACGCCCUGGGGUCUAGGAGGGGGCAAGGGUUGGAACAGGCCAGCGGGACAGAACAGCAACACCCAACACCCUUACUGAAGAGUGAGAGGUAGAGAUACGGAGAAGCGGAGGAUGUAGAGGAAGGAGGAGGAGGAGGAGGAAUAGAACAAGAGGAGGAGUCCAUGAUACAACCAUGUUGGAAUAACCUAUAUUUUCAUAACUCUUUCGCAUACAGUUUUUAUUUUGGAUUAAAAGGAAGGGGGAUAAGGAAGACAUGUGUGGGCAGGGGGUUGGGGGCAUUAGGACAUCAAGAGAAGUCUUUUUACUUUUAUUUUUCUGGAGCUUGUAAAUAUGUUUGUGCUACAUGGGAGUCUCAUUGUUGGUCUAAAUUAAAUGCAGAGCUUUCUUUAUUUUAUUCUUUUUGUUUUUCCAUCAACCUGCUUUUUGUUGGAAAAAAAAACAGUUCCCUCUUUCCAGUUGUACGGUUCUUAUCUGUGGGUAGUCCAGUUCAGCCUGGUAGGAGACACUUGGUCUCACCGACCUCACGGCUGCAUCUCAAUAUGACCAAUUCCAGUCUGAUUCAUUUGUAUAGCACAAGUAAUAACAAUAUGCCUGUUUGAAGUAGUUGUAUCUCCACAUCUUCUCCACACAACCAUGGUGUUCUGAAGGAAUCGAAAAAUAUUUGAAAAAUGUAGGUAAGGUUAACAUAGUGUCAAAUCAUGAAUUGAGAUAGAAGAUAAAGAGACAGAGCUACUCCAGCCUAUUGGGAUGCACUCCUUCUCUCCCUGGUACUCAAUGGUAAAAGAUCAGGAUGUGUCUUACUGUGCCUGUAGAAAGUAUUCGCCCCCUUGGAUCUUUUUAUGUUUGACUUUUUUUUAUUUUACACCACUGAAUCAUGAUGUAAUGAGAAUUUCACAGAGUGAAGAAGGUGGCAGAGUUGUAGUGUUACAGAUUUAUCCACAUAAACUCUGAUGUCUGAAAUUGUUGCCAAAGGUGCCUCUUUUAAGAACUGUGUUGAAGGAUAUGAAUGCAUUCAGAAAUUGUGUCAAUUGCCACUAAUCUGUAAAAAAAAAAUCUGAUUUGACAUCUUUUUCUGUUGGUCAUUGUCCAGAAGUCUUGAUUACAUCCACACGGAAUGGUCAAAUAUGAAUAGGUCAAAGGGGAAUGGGUACUUUUCAUAGACACAACGUUUGCCAUAACACAUCGGAGUAGAGGAGGAAAUGUUUUUUGAAAUUGUGUACUUUAACAUGAUAGUGAAUUCCCCCCCCCCCCC